AUGUAGGGCUUAUUGUCAAAGUUUGCAAAGUUUUCAAAUAAACAACUCACAAAUAGCAUUAGAAGAUUUGCUGGUAACCACCAUCAUCACGCUGGUGAUCAAGCUGAUAGAGUUGCUGAUAAAAUUAUUUGGAUCAACAUCUAAAAUCGUAUUGGAUAGUUUGAAAGAAUUUCUGCUUUUGAAGGUGAAUCUCUUUUGGAAGCUUUACAAAGAAAUAAAGUUGCUGGUAUUGUAGCUACUUGUGAAGGUGGUGAAGAUAUUAAUACUAUGUUAGAAAAGCCAAUUGAUCCCGUUACUUAUGGUCCUUUCUGCAGUUCCUGUUAAGUUGUUGUCUCCAAUCCUUGGAGAAAUAAAAUGGGUAACUUACACUACCUCGAAGAAAGAAAUCUCGUUAGAAGCAGUUAUCCUACCACAGAAAACUCUAGAUUAGCUUGCUGUAUCUUAGUUGAAAAGUGGAUGAACGAAAUGAUUAUUUCCAUUCCUCAAAAUCCUAACUCUGUUUAUGAAGACAAUAUGUGA